AUGGGCUUUCUCAAAAAGCUUGUACCGUUCGCUCUCUUGGGCGCCUCCCUCCAGGGGGUUGCCCUCGGAGCUGACUAUCCUCAGGAGGAUGUCGACUCUGGCAAGGUUUUACAGCAAUUGGGCAAGACAGCUUUGGAUACUGCUCUGGCUCGCCUUGAGGGUUCUACUUCGGGGUGCACGAAGGAGAAUGUUAGAGUGCGCAAGGAAUGGAGAAACAUCCCCGGCCCAGAAAGGACGGCGUAUGCUAAUGCCGUGCAAUGUCUGAUGGAGAAGCCAAAUGUCUAUGAGAAUGUGACUGGCCCAAGGACGAUGUUUGACAGCUUUGGUGUCUUACAUUACAAGCUAACGCCGUAUGUUCACAACUCGGCAUACUUCCUCCUCUUCCACAGAAUCUACGUCUGGACCUUUGAGGAGAAGUUGAGGACACUAUGCGGCUACACCGGCCCGAUGCCGUACUGGGAGUGGGGACUUGACGCCGGAAGUGUGGAAAACUCGCCUAUCUUCGACGGGUCCGAGACCUCGCUCGGUUCCAACGGAGAGAAGGUGAACGGCUCUAACACGUUCUUCCCGGGCGGAACUGGUGGUGGGUGUGUGACUAAGGGUCCCUUCGUCAACUACACGGUCAACUUCGGCCCCAACACGGCCGCUGAUCCGCUAGCUUACAACCCGCGCUGCCUUAAGCGUGAUCUUAACACCCCUAUCUGCUCCCAAUGGGCCUCGCUGCGCAACACCACGGAGACUAUCCUUGAAUCCCCGGAUAUCGCGCUCUUCCAGGCUAACCUCCAGGGUGACUUCCGCUGGCCCGAGGCACGCAAGUUUGGUUUCGCCGUGCACGGUGGUGGACACUUCGCCAUUGCUGGUGACCCGGGCGGGGACUUCUACUUCUCGCCGCUAGAGCCCGUCUUCUACCUCCACCACGGACAGAUCGACAGGAUGUACUUCAUCUGGCAGAACCUCGACUGGGCAAACCGACAAACUAUGGCCGGAACGAUCACCAUGAUGAACAUGCCCGCGAGCCGCAACGGUACUCUAGAUGAUGCGUUGGAUAUCAGCCCCGUCGGUGGAAACUACACGUUCCGUCAACUUCUUGAUACUGUGGGAGAUUCGCCUUUCUGCUUCGUUUACGAGUAG